UCAAUUUGCUAUAUUUAGCAAAAAGAAGAAGAUAUGCUAUGAAAAAGUGAAAUUGGCUUCAAUAUAGGUGAUUGCAAAUGAAUUACGAGAAAAGAGAAUGUUCAGCUGUGGGUUCUUCCCCAUAAAAGAGAAAUUGCAGAAGGGUAAAAGAUAGUAUGGGCUAGGUAAAUUUGAAUUGUUAGACUUAAAUCAGGAUGAGGACUUACAAGGAACCAAAGAGAAUUGACAAAGCUAGGUCAAGAGAGCCUGGACUAGUUACUCAUGAUGAAGGCAUUUCUAAAUUGUCAGCCUUGUCAGUACAAGUUGAAGAAGAAACUAUUGAGAACUCUUCUGACAAGGAGGAAGAAAUGAUAGAGGAUAAUGACUCUGGAGUUCAGGAAAAUCAUAUUGAUGAUGAAGAACCUGAAUUUGACAAUGAAAAAAUUGAGGAAAAUAAAAAUGAUAAAGAUGAGAAUCAUGAAAAAAUGGAGGAUGUUAACGUAGGAAUUAGUGCAAAGAAAAAGACUCCACCUAAAAAAUCAAAGAAAGUUGUAGAGAAUAAUCUACUUCACAAUGAAGACAUUGAUGAUAUUAGAAAAUGUGAACCAGAAGGAGAAAAAAGAAAACAAGAACCACCUUCAAAGGCAAAGAAAACAACCACUGUAAAGGAAGCAAAAAGGAGAAAAAUGUCAGACAAGAAAAAUGAUAAGAGUCAAGCAAGUAAAGAUGUCCUAAAUAAUUGUGUUGUUGAUUUGGGAAGUAAAGAAAAAAUUUCACCAAAAUCGAAGAAUAAAUCGAGAUCAACAAAAUCAAAACAAAAAUCCAAUACGACAGAUGACACUGAUAUUGAUGAAUCACAUAAAGAAGACUCAGAAAAGUCAAGUAGUUUUAACACAUCUGACAGUCUAAAUGUUUCUCCUCGUUCUUCAAAACGGACUCCUGUUAAAAAUCGUAAAUAUCAAAGUGAUGAAGAACUUGACCCAGCUAAGGAAGAAGCAGAUAGUUCUGGUAAGAAGAAAAGAUCUCGUUCAAAAUCGCCACGUUGUUCUACCCCAAAGAAGCGCAAACUGAACUUUGAUGAAAAUGAAUUCAUGAAUAUAAAAGAUGAUGAUUUUGUAAUUGAAAAGAAUGACAAAGAUAUAGAUUCUGUCACAAAUGAAUCAACUGAUAAUAAUAAAGGUAAAAAGGUUGUGAAAUCUCGUAAAAAUAAAUCUUUGAUAAAAGAAGAUAUAAUAUUAAAACCAAAAGCUGUCAAGAAGAAAGCAAAGCUUUCUCAAAGUGAAAUAAAAACCUCAGUAGAUGAUGCUACUGAUAAAAAUGAAAGUGUUGAGAAGGUGAAGGAUGAAUCUUUGUCAAUAGAGGAGUCUUGUGAUUUGAAAGAAAGUACUUUUGUAAAAGUAAAAAAAAAGAAAAUAAGAAAGAAAAAAACAGUUGAAAACAGAGAAAAUAUUGAUAGUGCUGAAAUUAAGUCCGAUAAGAUAGAAGUUAAAUCUGAAAGUGCAGAUAAUAUACAUGUUAACAAUGAAGAUAUUACAAAAACUGAAAAGGAAAAUGAUAUUAAACAUAACAGUGAAAAACCUAAUUGUAAUAAUCAAGGUAAUAAUGACGGAAAAAGUGAAAAACCAAUAGACAAUGAGAAAGGAGAGAAAAAAGAAAAAAGGAAAAUGAAACCAUUAGAAGAGAUUGUCUGCACUUAUUGUAAAAAAGUUUCAGUUGGAAAGGCAGCUAAUACAAGACAUUUGAAAAAAUGCUUUGUUUAUCAAGCAAAAUUGGAAAUGCAAAGACAAGAAAAUGAGAAUACAGAAUUGGAAGCAACUGAUGACACAAAGAAAGAUGAAUCUCAUGUUGAAUGUAAGGAUGAAGACAAAACAUGUGUAUAUUCAGAAACAAUAAAUGAGAGCAAUAUAGAAUGUGAUGAUGUAUCUAAAGAAAAUUUAAACCAAAGUGAAAAUCAAAGUGAAGAUAAAGAAAAUCUUAAUGAUAGUCUUAGUUCAGAAAAUAAAUCUAUUGAAAACCAAAGUUCUUCAAAAAAGAGAUCAAAAACAGACAUUAUUUACAAUUGUCAACAUUGUGACUAUACUGCACACAAAAGAGCAAUGUUGGCAAAGCAUCUACAUUCUCACAAUAUUUUUAUGUGCUUACGAUGUAGCUUUUUCUGUGAGUCUGAUGAUGAGUUAAAAGAUCAUAUGCACCGGGAACACAAGGAACGUAUGGAUCAUAAACUAUGUCGAAAGUGUAGUAGAUAUGUACACUGUGCUGAUAUCACACUAGAACAACAUAUGGAAAGUUGUCAGGGUCCAGUUCCAUUUAAGUGUCCUCAUUGUGAAAAGGAGUUCAAGUAUGAAUCAUCGUUGAAAUCUCAUAUCUUAAAACAUGAUCCUGAUGGUCCGAAAAAGUUUUCAUGUCCACAGUGUUCGUACAAAUCUAACUACAAAGCAAACUUAAAGAAACAUCUUGUAAACAUUCAUAGUUCAAGAAUAAAGCAAUUUAAAUGUACUUAUGAGGAUUGUGAAAAAAUGUUUCACUCUGAAGAUAAUAUGAGAAGGCAUUUAAAAUGGCACAGUAUUGACAAACCUUUUAAGUGUAAACAGUGCCAUAAAGAAUUUCGGACUUCAGGUGCAUUAUCCGGUCAUUGUGUAGUUCAUAAAACAGGAACACCUUACAAAUGUACUGUUGAGGAUUGUGAAAAAUCAUUUCGGUCACAUAAACUACUCAAAAAUCAUUUGCAAGAUUUCCAUCAUCAAGCAGAAAAGAAAUUUAUUUGUGCUCAUUCUGGAUGUGAUUUUUCAUUUUUUAAGAGAAGUCAUCUAGAUCGUCAUUUAGUAACACAUUCAGGAGAGAGAAAGUAUGGUUGUUCAUAUUGUGGUAAAGCAUUUAGACAUGCAGACAAUCUGAGAGUCCAUCUUCGGCAGCACACAAAUGAAAAACCAGUGUCCUGUAAUAUGUGCGAUUUCAAAUGUCGACAGAAAAGUUCUCUCCGUUAUCACUUGCAAAAAAUUCAUAACAUUGUUUUCAAAAAAAGAGAAAAACGAAAGGAAAAAUCUGCUUCUGGUGAUGUAGUGUUAAAAUCAGAGAAUGACAUCACUGUUAAUUCAUUAGACUCAAGCUUAGACUUAAUAACUGCAAUCGUAAAUGCAGUAGCAAAAAGUGAGGAUAUUGCAACUCAAAAUGAUACAGUAAUUGAUAAAUCUAAUAGUGCUAAGACUACUACUGGUAGUACUAUUAAUGAUGAUACAAAGUCUGAUUCUCCUGUCGCUAAUAAAGUGGUUGAUCUCUAUGAAUUUAAAUCUGACGAUGAAUUUGGUGAUGAAUCUGUACUGGUUCCAUUACCAUUACCUGUUCAGAGACCUAUUAAUCAUUUAAAUAAAUCAAAUGAGAAAGUGGAUAAUAAAGUGAAAGUAGAAGCUAAAAUUGCAAAUGAAGAUGAACCAACUGAUACAGAAUAUCCUGACAAUAAAGACAGUAUUGAAAAAAUAGAAACUCCCAAACCAAAAGUUGUGAGGCGAGGGAAAAAGAAGAAAAUAAAUUAUGCAGAACCUGAAACUGAUCUUAGCUUUGAAACUGUGGAUGCAAAGGACGAAAAUAUAAAAAAGGAAGAAAAAGAGGAAAAUGUUGUUGUGAAAAGAAAGAGGGGACCAAGAAAAUCAAAAUUGAAAGUUGAAAAAGUUGAGGAGGAAAAAAAGGAAGAGGAUGAAAAAUGUGAAAUCACGCCAAAAGGAAGGAGAGGUCGUAAAAAAGUAGAAAAGAUUCCAAAGAAAAGAGGGAGAAAACCUAAAAGUGUAAUUGUCGAAGAAAACAGCAAAAAAGCUGUAGUAAAAUCACCCAUUAACAAAAUUAAGAAGAAAGCAGGAAGACCAAGAAAAGUAAGACCACCUUCUGAGUCUGAAGAAGACAAGAAAAAGGAGGAAACAAAAGAUGAUGAAAGUAAUCAUGAUGAAAAUGAUUCUGAAAAAGAGGAAGAUGAAACUAUUCCAAGGGAAGAUGAACAUGAUGAUGACACUGUAGAUGUUCCUCUAUUAAGUACUCCGAAUCCUGAUGAAGAUGAUGAUGACACUAGAGAAUAUAUAGGAGAUGAGAACUUAAAAGAAAAUGCACAUCUUGUUUCGAUACUAGAAAACAAGCAAUCAGAAAAGGAGGAUGAGGAAGAAAUAGAAGUCAAGACUAAAGUUAAGCCUGAAGCAAAGACUGAAGAAAAGACUGAAGUAAAAACUGAAGCAAAAACUGAAGCAAAGACUGAAGAAAAGAAAGAAGAACCUCAAAUUGAAAAUGAAAGCAGUGUAGUUGAAAAGCAAAGUGAACAUGAAUCGGAUAAGAUGAGCAGUGGAAUUGACACAGAUUUUGAAGAUGAUUUGAAACCUCCCCCGGCUCCUAGACCUCCACCUGUUGUUGACAGUGAUGAGGGAGAUAUUGAAUCAGGCCCAGAUGAGAUGGACACACCUGGUCGAGACUUUGAGUCAACUCCACCCAAAUCAAAUAUCACAGAACAUAUUCAUAGUGUUCCUGCACAUACACCAAGGGACUUUGAGUCAUCUCCUCCUAAAUCUGUUCAAACAUCAGAUUACGGGCCAAGUACUCUUAGCCAAACAGGAUUUGAAAAUAAGAGAGAAGGAGAUUCUGUUGAGGCACUAUCUGGAAGCUAUACAGCUACACCGUCAAGAGAAGUUUCCGUUGAAGAAAAUCGAGAUGAAAGGGAAGUCAGUCUUCCAUAUUCUAAUCUGGAAUCGGAAAAUUUGCCUAAUACUCAAUCUCCUGUCAUGGAACCAAUACAACCUGAACCACAAUCAAAUGCCAAUCCCGAUUAUGGCUCACAAUCUGAAUCAACUAUGCCAGAGGUUGACAAAGAAUACCUAGGGCAGUAUCUUCAACAGUUUGAUUCAGCUAGCCGUUCAGAGGAUGAUCGAAUUGAAAGGAUGAAUUCUCAAAAUGAACAAACAUCAGAACCAAUUGAUCUUCCAAGUUCACCCCAGAAAGACUUGCCACCUUUGAAUCUCAGUGCAAAUGCACCACCUUUGAACCUUAGUACAAAUAGUAAUGACAGAGAAAAUAGUCAGGGUAGUGACAUGUCAAAUAAGAGAAUGGAAAUAUUGUCCAUUGACCGUCAAACCGAGGAUCAUUAUAGUAGCAGAAGUGAAAAUGUAUCAAGAUCAUCUGAUCGAAUACCCGAUAAUGUUUAUGAAAGCAUCAGCUCUAUGAACACAUUUAUGCCUCCAACUACACGAGAAGCACCAAUUAUUCAUUCAGCAGAAAGUCCAUUCCCGUCAGUAUCAACUCCUUCAACUUUCAUGCGAUUUUCAGAAAAUGAUGCUAUUUUACAGAGGCAAAGAAUGACUACUCCUUUUCUGUCACAGGGUGACCCAAAUGCAUUACAAAAUUUGCAUAGAAUGGCAGACAAUGCCUUAGCACAACAUAACAAUGCAUCAUUACUUCGACGACCAACAACUGUGCCACCUCGUGAAGAUAUGUUCAGUAGUUCCACUGCUGCUAUGGCAAAUAUGGCUAGAAAUCCCUUUCACAACACUUGGGCUAGUCAGGAAGUUAGACCAGCUCAUUGGAGUCAAAGUCCAUAUUUGGGACGCUCAAUUGAUAGGCCAACAGCAGCUCCAUCAACAAUAUUUGGAAAGGACAACUAUCUUCCUGGACGUGAAUUUAUGUUUGAGCCAUCGCGACGUGCAGUUACUGAUAGAAAUGUCUUUCCUGGUCUUCCACAAACACAGAGGCCAGAACUUGCACAUGACACUUUCUCAAUGGACAGAUUUGACAUUGGUAGUUACUUCAGUGGGCAUACAUAUCCUGGGGCUUCAACUCUCACUGAGUAUAACCGAGCUGCUGCUGCACAUACAUCUCAAAAAACAUUUGAUGAACGAUACCGUCAAUCAUCUACAGGCAUCACAGACUUCAGGGCACUACCUCAGACAACUGCAUCUAGUAUGUUUAGUAGUAACAUGUUGAACUCAUCAUUUCAUCUUGACAAAUACAUGUACUCAAGGGAUCCUGUGUAUCAUGCUCAGCAUAUUCCUGAUGCUACAAAUAGUCCAUUUUUACCACCAGGUGUGCCGGGACAGCAUUCUGUGUUUGACCGUGAAUACACAAGGGGUUAUUUUCAGAACAGUCCAUAUAGUUUAGACAAACAAUAUGCUGCGGCAGCGGCUGCCUCAGCUAAAUUAUCACAUCCAUCAGGUGCAAGCGUGGUUCAGGAACGAGACUUUGUACCACGUCCAGGCACAGCUGCUGCCACAGGUGAAAAUCAGGAAGCUUACAGACACCCGAUGUUAUAUAACAUGAUGAAUCAUAGAUUUUAUGAAUGAAAAUUUGUCUGUAGCAUGUAUAUUAUGAGACUGCAUUUAUUUAUUUUUUGUUACAUUUUAUGUCACAGAAGCAAUUCUGGAAUAAGUAUCAUUAAUAGUUUUUGUAGUAUCAGUAUGAUCAGUCACAUAUAUGUAAAUCGUGUUGUACCAAAAGAUGGUAUCUUUCACUUUUACAUAAAUAUUUUUUAAAGAAAAUUUAAAAAAACUUAGCUUAUCUGUCUUGACAUUUAUAUUUUUAUCAUGUUUAUUGGAUAUUAUGUAUCUGUCCAUGAAACCUUUCAUUUUUUCCCCCUAAUUACUGAAUGUACAUUCUUACCACCCUAUUUAGAUACUUUAUUAUUUUAACAAGGAUUUUAGGAUUUAUGCUUCAAAAGGAUAAUAAAAAAAUAUAAAUAGAUAUUUCUGUUGUGAUGGUUAUGUCUACUGAUGUUUAUAUAUUGUUAAAGAAAUGAAUUAAGUGUGCUGACAAGAACUAUUGAAUAUAUAUUUUUUACAAGCUUCAUUUAAGAAUAUAUCAAAAGUUAAUCUUAUCUAGAUGAUACAAAAUAUUUAAUUGUAAGUGUUUCUAAGAAUGUAAGAUGUGGUGCUUCUUUGGUUAGUUAGUAUUGUCAAGCAACUGUUUGUUUAACAAAAGUUGAAAUAUUGCCAAAAUUAUUUACUUGGUUAUUUUAUUUUUUGUUUGUUAAUUUGUUGAACAGUAGGAGGGUAUAAUGUUUAUUAUCAGAUCUAAAUUUUUUUUUGUGAAGAAAAGUGAGGCCAUUAUAUUAUUUAACGAAAGUAAGUAUAUCUUCAAAAAAGUAAGGCCUUAAAAUAAAGGUAUGUGUUCAGGGUUUCCAUACUGGCCCUAACUUUGAACACUGAUCCAAAUGUCUUCAUAAAAUUUUUUUUUUUUUAAAUCUCAAAAAAAAUACUCUCUAACUUUUUUAACCGGAUUUUCGAAAGAGAUCUUCGGUUAUUGAUUUGGGGAUGUACGGCGGGUGGGCAGCUGCCAAACAGUGUCUGUUCAUUAACAUGAAAACCCUUUGUCGAAAUUUUUUCAAAUUUAGAUAUGUUGUUUCCUGUGACUAAAUGAAGGUCAAGUUCAAUUUUCACAACUUUAGCUUUUCUCGUUGUUGAGUUAAAGCCCUUUCUCAAUAAUUCAAUUUUUGUCAUCAAAAUGUGCCACAGAAUUGAUCAAAAACUGGUUAAACAUUUUCAAUUUGAUAGAGCAUAUACAGGUAAAGCAGUAUGCAUAAUAACAGAACUAAGCCAUAUCUUUUGAAAACAAUCUACCUAUUGGCACUAUAAUUUUUAGGAAGGAAACUCAGACCACUCAUUUUAAUGUCUCAAGAAAAACACAAAAUUAAGGAAAGAGUAUGGAAAGAUAAAAAAGUUUGUUUCCCCUUAUUUUUGUCUUCCCAAUUUUUGUUAAUGAUAAAAAAACAGUAUUUUUUUUUACUAACUUAAUUAAGGAUUCUUAUAUAAAAUUAUAUGUUAACUAUAAAACAUAUGUACUUAGUUCUUGUCUUCAAUGUUGCUAUUUGUAAUUUCAGGUUUUAUGGAGUUUUGUUUCUUUUCCAAAUUUUCAAAAAAAUCAGAUAUUUCUGUCUCUAGAAAUCAGUGUCUAAAUCAGAUAAAGCUUUCAAUAGUUUUUGUUUAUUAAAAUCCUGUAUUAAGAGCGGAGAUUAAAUAUUUACAAGUGUGUUUACUUCUGGACACAGGUUUAGUUGGAUUUUGGCUCUUUCAUUCCUGUUUCAUGUAUUGAUAAGCCAACUGACAUGACUGUAAUAUUGGAGUUAUUUUUCAUCAAAUUAAGUUGGUCUCACUUUUAUGUUCAGAUUUUAAGAUGUGUUAUUGACCACUUAGCACUGUGAAAAUUUAAUUUCAUUAUUAAAAAUAAAAUCCAUUAGAAUCCUGAUGUAAAUGUCACAGAGACAGCAACCCGUCAAGUAAACCAAAAUAGAUAAAUGCUUGAUUACAUGUGAGUCUAAAAAUUUAAUAUCCACAUCCAUUUCUCCUUUUAGUUAUCCAUGUUUAGGGGUAGAAUAUAUGUUUAUUGUUACAUUGAACAAAAGUUUGAAAAAUUUAACAAACACUGGUUGUUAGAUAUACCCACUUGUUUAUUGAAGCAUUGAUUGUUAUUUUUUGUUCAAGUUUUAUUUUUAUAUGAUUUUUACAAAAGUCAAUAUUUAAUUAUUUAUAUAAAUGUUUUAUUAUUGCAUAUUUUAAUUUGAAACGUAACAAAGUAUGCCAGACUACUUCUGAAGGGCAUGAAUAGUAAAAUUGAGUAAAAAGGUUUUAUCAGGUGGUCAGUCCUUUGAAAAUUAGCCAUUGAAGCACUUUUAAUAGGACCAAAGGGUCAGUGUCAAUUUGAAGUCAUCACUUGGCAUCUUUCUUUCAUCUGUUUAUUUUUCACAUUUGUUUUCCUUUACUUCCUACUUCAAACAAUUUAAUGACAGGCAGUAAUCACACUGAUGGGUAUGCUUAUUGUAAAUGUUGAAAAUAUUGACAUGAUUGAACUAAUUAUAAUUAAAGUAACAGUAAAAUGAUCACAAAAUAAUUAUCUAGUGUCUUCUAAAACAAAUAACUAAAUCAAUCAGAUGGAAUAUAUAGAUUUAUUUUAAUGAUAAAAGACAUUGUUGUGAUGUCCAAAAUUAUAAGUGAGAUUCCUAAUAGGUGUCAAGUUUUUACCUCAAUAACCUCAAUAAGAGUUCACUUAUCACGAGAAAAAUUUCCCUGUACAAUUGGUCAUUUUAUUCCUCUGUAUUUGAUAAAAAAAAUUUAAAUGCUAUAGUUAUUAACAUAACAAGGAUUUAAAUUAUAGAAAUAGUUUUGAUUUUGUACAGUGCAAGUAGAUUGGAAAAACAUCUAGAAAGUCCUUAUACUGAGGAUGACUUUCAAAAUUUUCAAAAUUUUAUUUUGAUUACCCUCCAAAUAGCAGUUUACGAUGAUUUGAACAAUGAAUACCCUUUGUAUAAGACUAAAUCAUUCUUGGUAAACCAUAUAUUUUAUACAGAGAUGAUAUUAAGCUAUCUAGUUCUGGAUAUGGAUCCUCAUUUCACAUGUUAUGCUUACAAUUGCAUGCUUAAAAGGGAGGAGGCCACAGGUUUUAAAGAUUACAGAAAUUUAUAUUUGACCACAACUCACAAAUCAAGGUAAAACCAAUUGUAAAUCAUAAUUUUUGUGGAUAAAAAGUUUUAAAAUGAUAUUAUGGUAUUUAUUUAAAAAAAAGUCAUUUAGGGUAAUAAAUUAUGUGGCAUAGUACUUAAAAAUAUUCAAUUAGACUACUGUUAAGAUUUGUAUUUAAUUUAUUUUUUAUCAUAACACCUGUGACAAUAAAUAAGUUUUAAUAUUAUAGCAGCAUACACAUAAUCAUAGAUCUAUAGUUUUAUUUUUUUUUCAAGAAAUGAAGAUAUUACUGGUCGAAAUCCAAAAUAUGCUUAUUAGAUCUUGGAGAUAAAUUACUUUGUGUCAGUAAAAUUUAAUUGUAUAAGAUUUGUAACCACUAUUGAAAAUCUAUUGUUAUUCUAGGCCAUUUACAAAUUCAUCUAUGGCAAUACACUAGUCAAAUUCAACAUUGUAAAAUGUCAAAAUUAAAUGAUAUGUGAUUUCAAUUUUAUACAAUAGUCAUGAUUUAGGCAAACAGUUUAUAUUCUGAAACAUUUUAUUUCCUUAAUCUGUGGAAUAGAAAGUGGGUUGAAAAUUGCAAUAAAAAGUGCAACUUUAUAUAAAAGGGGAAAAAAUAGGAUAAUCAGGUUCAAUGCUAUAAGAAACCCUAGCGGGUUGUGUUUAUAUUUAGGCUUUCAAGAAAAUAUAAAGAAUGUUUUUCUUAUAGGUCUAUCAGUGAAGAAUACAUAAACCUUUAAAGUACAUUUAACCUUGAUUUGCUAAUCAAAAUGGUUUUAUUGCAUGCCACCUCAAAUAACAUGUAUCCUUAUGAAUAUCAAAUGAACAAACAAAAGAAUCAUGUCAGUACUGUGAAUAUAUAUGUCUUUUACUACAUGUAAAUGAGGCUGUAAAAGGUUUAUUGUGUGUUACAUGUAUAACAUUAUUUUUGAUGUAUUAAAUAAUAUAUAGAUAUAUAUACAAAUUCAUUGUUUGUAAAUUUGAUGUUGAAUUAAUACUUUUAAAGCAUUUAUACAACUCUGAUUUUAUUAAAAUCUGUUUUACUUAUUUAUUUUUUUAAUAUGAUGAUUUUGUCAUGCAACUAAUGCUUAUGUAUUUAGCUUUAUUAGAAGAAAUAUUUAAUGUUUGCCUUUUUGUUUUGAUUUAAGUAUAACAUACACAUGCACACACAGAAAGUAGAACAUAUAUAUGUGUAAAUGAAGUGAAAUUGACUAGUUUAAGGGCUUUUUAUUAAAAUAAAAAAAUACUGCAUCUGUCAGCAUAAAAUUUAAGAUUUUUUUUACACUUGUUAAUCAUUGGCUAAUGGAGAUUUUUCUUCUCUUGAUAUAGAAUACUGCUACAAGUAAUUUCAGGAAAUAUUUAACAUUGAAAUAAUAAGAAAAUCGCUAAAAUACAUGUAGAAGUAUUUUUUGAGAUUUUUCUUUGAUUUUGAAAGGAAUAACUAAUAUCUAUUGUUAAUUUACAGAUAUAUCCUUUACUGCAUCACAAAAACAGUAAUAGUACUGCCCGUAUGACUUACAGUUUUCAACUUUUGAGGAGUAAGUUAUAUUUGGAUUUCAGUUAAACUUCAGAAUUUCUUAUUAGUACAAGGAUUUUUAAAAUUCAAAAAUAGGUAUUUUUACAUGAAUUGUACUUAUAGAACAAAUAUAUCAUAAUAUCCUAGUAAAAGUAGGUUGAAUUCUAGUGACUAUAUAUUUUUGUAUGUUAAGUUAAAUGUUUCUUAGUAUUUUACUUUUUCACUGUUUCUGUACUUAGUAUCUGAUUGUCUUAAACUGUUAAAGAAUGAAUUACUGAUAAAGGGAGAUAAUAAAUCUAAAUGAAAAAAAAAGAAAAACUGUUAUUGUUUGAUGUAAAUGAAGAAUAUUUUUAUACAUUGUGGGUCUUCUUUCAAAUAUAAUCAAACAAAAAUAUAAGUGUUUUCUUCUGCACUACUUUUAAACUGUCUAAAAUGGUCAAAGCUAUGAUGCAAGUUUUACAAUGCAAAAUGAAAGGAGCACAUGGUAUAUUCAUAUAUUUAUAUAUAUUUGUAAAUAGAAAAAUAUCCAUGACAUUUAAAAACCACAUUUUCUAUUGUGCUUAAGAUAUGUGCCAUAUGAUAUAAUUGUUUGUUGGAAGAUCACAGUUUGCAUAUUCAAUAUCAACUUUCACAUUAUAAUAUUUUUAUCAUCUUAUGCAUUUAUUUUGUACAUUAACAUCACAAAAUAUUACCAGUGGUUGUAUAAAUUGAAAUGGUUGUUUUAACACAUAUUUAUUUAUAUUUUGAUAAGGCUGCAAGAAAAGGCAGCAGUGACCAGUAUUUUUACAAGUAAAUCCAAUAUGUUUUUAGUAAUGUACAAGACACAAUUACUUUUAUUCUUUUUUCUUAAAAAUGUGAUACAUGUAUGGAGAUUUUUCUUCUUUACUCCUAUUCCAAGGAGGGAGAACUUUCCAGACCGGACAUCUUGAUAUGUUAGAGGUGCUACUGUUUGAAAUGGAAACAAAAACAAUAACUUUUAAGAGUCUCUUCAACUCUCUUGGAAAGGAGCUAUAUUUUAGGGUUUUUUCUCUACCUCCAAACAAAGUAAUAUUAAUGCCCACAUAAUGUUCUCUGUAAUAGAUUAGGAGUGAUUUGAUAUGGGAAUAUAACUAAAUAAAAUCUAAAGAAUCUCAAGGAAAAUGUCUUGCUUCAUUUAUUUGGUUGAUAAUUAUUGACCAAUACUAAUUAUUGUGUAGAUGCAUUAAGCCUUUUUCUGUAAGUAGGUCACCAUGCCUUUAUCAAGAUGAUUCACUGAGUUUUUUUUACAUUUUUCUUUUUUAUCUCUAUAGUAAUUUAAAAAAUAAGUUGAUUUUUCAAGUAGCCUGAUGUGAAGUUGCUUCUAUAGAUCAGUUUGAUGAUAAUGUUUUGAGUAUAAAGUGAACCUGUGUAAUAGAUAACCUUUCAAUCUGAAAUUUAGAUUUGACUAAAACAUCUUUUAAACUCUAAUUUGAGCCUCCAUUAACAAAAAAGAAAUUGAGGACAACCCUGCAAUACAAAAUCAUCAGUCUGUUGUAUAAUACAUUGUACAGGCAUUGAAGUUCAUUUCCUCUAUAAAUCAAAUAUUACAGAUCAUUGUAUUUCAAAAUAGUUCAUUCUUUUGUUUUUAUAAAAGUGAUAUUUUAAGAUAUUGACUAUGAAUACAGGUCUUCUACAUUUAAAAAAAAGAUCACAAAUUGGACAACAUAUUACAAUGGAUUUUAUUGUUACAUUUAUUUAAAUUAAAUUCUAUAUUUUGUCCUUAACAUCUUUCAGACAUUUUUUUCUGAUAGAACUGUUUUGAAAUGUCAAAACUUAAGAUUGCAAAGGCAUAUCCAGUUAAGUUACUAUAUUCUUAUCAAGCUUGAUAUCACUUUUGCUUUUAUGUAUAUGAAUUGUCAACAAUCAUUGAUUUGUACAAAAUGCAAUCCAAUUCAUAUUUAGCUUUUCUACAAUGUUUUUCUCCUGUUUGUAUAUACUCAUAGAGAAUUUCUCCUUUCAUACUAACUUUUUACUGCUUGUAUGCUUUUUGUUACGUUAUAUCAUGUUUUUUGUAAAUAUUUUUGUUACAUUUCCAUGGGUAUAAUAAAACCAUAUUUUCGUCAUAGAACAAUAUAAGCAUUUAAUAUUGUAGUGAACCAAUGUUUGCUUGUUGUGGAUUAUUUUUUUGUUAUAUUUGUCCCUUUCUUAAGAUUCUAUUUCUGAUGUGAUAUAUGUUAAAUGUAAGUAAAUGUGUAAAAAUUUAUUAAAGCUAUAUAUUAACCAAAUUUAGAACAUAGAAUAUCAUUAAUUAGACCAUAGUUUUAGAAAAAUAAAAUGUUUUACGUAUGGAAAA